AUGGCCGUCAAUGGGCGGCAUGAAACUGCCGAAGCAACAGUGUGGUCAGGGGAUGGAAAAACGCAGGACGAGCUGAUGAUGAAGGACGAGUGCAUCUUGGUCAACUACAUGGACGAGGUGGUUGGCCACAACAACAAGUACAACUGUCACAAAUUUGCACCCGGCCAGCCGCGUGGCUUGCUGCACAGAGCCUUUUCCGUGCUGCUGUUCGACAGCGAAAAUCGCUUGCUGCUCCAGCAGAGGGCGCGCAGCAAGAUCACAUUCCCUUUAGUGUGGACCAACACAUGUUGCAGUCAUCCUCUCUACGGCAUGAAGCCGGGUGAAGUGGACGAGCCAGAGGCGAUCUCGGCUGGUGAUCCCAAAGGUGUCAAGGCAGCAGCAGUUCGAAAACUUGGCCAUGAGUUGGGUAUCCCAGCCGCUUCGCUAGAUGCCUCGCGAUUCAAGUUCCUGACCCGUGUUCACUACUGGGCAGUCGAUGUGAGGACACAUGGGGUCGAGGCCGCUUGGGGCGAGCAUGAGAUUGACCACAUUCUGUUGUACCGGCUGGAUCCUGGAGAGACACUGCCACUUAAGCCAAAUCCAGACGAGGUCGAGGACACCCGCUGGCUUACAAGAGACGAAUUGAAAGAGGCCAUGAAGGGAUCGGGAGAGAUGCCGUUGUGGUCCCCAUGGUUCAAGAUCAUCAACGAGCGGCUGUUGGAUGCGUGGUGGCAGGAUUUGGACAAUGCUCUUUCGACAGACAAGUACGUCGAUGUCUCCUCUAUCCAUCGUUUCGACACGGCGCCGGAGUUCCACGGUGGGCUCGGCAAAGCGCGGCCUUGGUUGGACAAGGUGGCCGAGGUAGAGGCAGAAGCCAUCAAGGCAGGUGGGGAAGUCCAAAGGCGAAAGGCAAUGCUAGAGGCUGAGCACGAAGACCGUGUAGUGGGUUUCGUUGGAAGAGGGCAGGCAGAAAUUGGAUCUGCUGCAGGCGAUGUCAAGCAAGGGGGCUACGGAAAGGUGCCAACACACAAGAACCCAAAGCUGGACCAGCUGAUGAGGCCUUUGGAAAUCAUUUCGGCUCUUCGUUUGAAGUGCACCGGAUUGUUAGAGAACAACAUCAAGGAUCAGCAGGAUCCAGACGUCGAGUUCUGUGACGACAUGCUUGGAAAGGUAUCCAGAUCAUUUGCAGCUGUGAUCCGACAGCUACCAAUGCAGUUGGGCAUCGACAUUUGCAUCUUCUACUUGGCACUUCGUGCUCUAGACACAGUCGAAGAUGAUAUGGAGGCAUACAAAGGCCGCGAAACCGAGAAGCAGGAGGAGUUGAUCCAUUUCGGUGAGAAGAGGCUCGGUGAUGUCAACUGCAGCAUCACAGGUGUUGGUGCUGCAGACGAACGGACGCUUGUGGAGCACUUCGGGCGCGUGGCCCGGGUCUACCUCAAGCUUCCCGCAGGCAGCAAGGGCGUAAUCAAGGACAUCACCGACAAAAUGGGUGCCGGUAUGGCCGAGUAUGUGUCUGCAGAUCUGGCACAAGGAACUGUGGACCAAGCAGCUUACGACCGCUACUGCCACAUGGUCGCCGGCCUUGUCGGAGAGGGUUUGACACGGAUCUUCGUGGCAAGUGGACUUGAGGGCAGUGAGCUUGCAGGACAAGGCGAAAGAUGCUGGCCAUUCUGUGCCGAUCCAAAGAAGGAUCCUGCAAAUCUUGGUCUAGCCAACUCCAUGGGCCUCUUCUUGCAGAAGACGAACAUCAUUCGUGAUUACUUGGAGGAUUAUGUAGAUGGACGCGCCUUCUGGCCACAAACAGUCUGGAAGAGCUACGCUUGCUCCAACGAUUUGGGCGAGUUUGCUCUGCCCACAGCGCAUGCUGCAGGAGCCCGCCUUGCAGUUAAAGCUGGGGGCGAGAAUCUUGCCAAAGGUGUUGGAGAGCAGGCUCUGCUGUGCCUGAACGACUUGGUUGCCGACGCCUUGGAGCUUGUUCCUGACUCACUAGAGUACUUGGAGAGGGUGAAGACGCCGUCUAUUUACAGAUUCUGCGCCAUUCCCCAGGUCAUGGCAAUUGCAACCUUGGCGGCCUGUUUCGAUAACCCCUUGGUGUUCACCGGCGUUGUCAAGAUUCGCAAGGGGCUGACUGCGCGUCUCAUUGUGGCAUGCUGCGAUGGUCCGGAUGCUGUACACUUUUGGUUCCGAUCCUUCGCAGAAGAGAUUCUGUCUUCGGUUUCGAACAAAAAGUGCGCUGGAGCUGCCGGGCCCAUCGGAAAGCGGCUCGAAAAGAGCUGUGUGCGCAUCCUUGAGAGGACGCAGAAGCGAUCGGAAGCCUGGAGGAGCAAGCAGACGCAGAAGCGCUUCGUCGCUGGCGCGUUUACUGCGCUGGCAGUCUCCUCCCUUUUCCUGCGUGACCAAAGCUCGAGGCUCCCUGCCGUGGCCAUCUUUGCGGCACUUGUGGCAUCCAGCGCAGGUAGCAUGCAGCUCAUCAAGUGA